CCCGUCCCGGCCCCCCGUUUCCCCCGCAGCCGGGCGGGGGAGGAGGAUGGAAACACCCUUCUACCAUGAUGAUGUGUUGAGCGGCCUCGGCAGCGGCUUCGCCCCAUCCUCCGGUAACAACGGGCUCCUUCUGCCCUUCCCCGGCGGCAGCAUGAUGAAGAAGGACGCGCUCGGGAUGGCCUUACCGGAGCAGGUAGCGGCGGCGUUGAAAGCUCCCGGAGCUACCGGCGGUGAAGCGGCAGCAGCGGCGGCGGCGGGGGGUUUGUUGGGUUCGGCCGACCUGGGGCUCCUCAAACUGGCCUCCCCGGAGCUGGAACGGCUCAUCAUCCAGUCCAACGGGCUGGUGACCACCACCCCCACCAGCGGCCAGUUCCUCUACUCCAAAGCCGCCGCAUCCGAGGAGCAGGAGUUCGCCGAGGGUUUCGUUAAAGCGCUGGAGGACUUGCACAAGCAGAACCAGCUGGGCGGCGGCGGAGCGGCGGGGAGCGGCGGAGGAGGAGGAGGAGGACGUGGUGGAGGAAGCAGCAGCAGCAGCAGCGGUGGAGCGGGAGAGUUGCCCUCCGCCGGUUUGGCCCCGGAGCCUCCGGUUUACGCCAAUCUCAGCAGUUACCCGGCGGUGAGCUACGCCGCCGACCCCGGUCCUUUCGCCGCUCCUCCGCCACGGCUCGCCCCCCCUCCCCCUCCUCCUCCUCCUCCUCCACCGUUAAAAGAUGAACCUCAGAUCGUCCCGGAGGUGCCGAGUUUUGGGGAGAGCCCCCCUCUUUCCCCCAUCGACAUGGACACGCAGGAACGGAUCAAGGCGGAAAGGAAAAGGCUGAGGAACCGCAUCGCCGCCUCCAAGUGCCGCAAGAGGAAGCUGGAGCGUAUCUCCCGCCUGGAGGAGAAGGUGAAGAGCCUCAAGAGCCAGAACACGGAGUUGGCCUCCACCGCCAGCCUCCUCCGCGAACAGGUCGCCCAGCUCAAGCAGAAGGUCCUCAGCCACGUCAACAGCGGCUGCCAGCUCCUGCCCCAGCACCAGCACCAGGUGCCGGCCUACUGACCCCCCCUCGGGGAAAGGGGGGUGGGGUGGGGGGGCACCCACGGAGGCUUCCCACCCACCACCCAACCCCCACCGGGGGGACAGACUUGAAAGGGGGGGGGAUGGACACCCGGUUUCUCCGGGGUACGGACUUUGGGGUCCCCCCCCCCACCUCGCGCAUCGCCGGGGCAUGGACUUGGGGGUCCCCCGGCGCAGAAUGAGGAGACCCAGAGACCCCCGGCUUCCCCCCGGGCACGGACUUCGGGGACCCCCCCCCGCUUUCCCCCGG